CUCAACGACACCAAGGGUGAGGGGGCGGGGGGGGGGCUACAUCUACCGGCACAUGGACCCGCUCAACGACACCAAGGGGGUUGCCAUCAGCAGCUACGCCAAGUACUGCUACCGCAAACUACAGAAGGCUGCACUGACUGGCGCCAAGAAGGGCCUGCAGAAGCCCAGUCUGGAGGAGAUCAAGCACGCCCGGAACGCCAUCUUCAGCCCCUCCAUGUUCGGCAGCUCCCUGGAGGAGGUGAUGGCCCUGCAGAAGGAGCGCUACCCGGACCGGGAGCUGCCCUGGGUCCAGACCCGGCUCUCCGAGGAGGUGCUGGGCCUCAACGGAGACCAGACCGAGGGCAUAUUCAGGGUCCCUGGUGACAUUGAUGAAGUAAACGCUCUGAAGCUCCAGGUGGAUCAGUGGAAGGUCCCAACGGGACUGGAGGACCCUCACAUCCCAGCCUCCCUGCUGAAGCUGUGGUACCGGGAGCUGGAGGAGCCGCUGAUCCCCCACGAGCACUACGAGGAGUGCAUCUCCCACUACGACAGCCCCGAGGACGCCGUCAAGGUGGUGCUGGGGCUGCCCCGCAUCAACAAGCUGGUGCUGUGCUACCUCAUCCGCUUCCUGCAGGUCUUUGCCCAACCCGCUAAUGUAGCAGUCACAAAGAUGGACAUAAACAACCUGGCCAUGGUGAUGGCGCCCAACUGCCUGCGCUGUCAGUCGGACGACCCGCGGGUCAUCUUCGAGAACACACGCAAGGAGAUGUCCUUCAUCCGCGGGCUGGUGCAGAGGCUGGACACCAGCUUCAUGGAGGGGAUACUAUAGCCCAGCGCAGACAGGAAUGCCACAACACAGGGUCCCACACCACACACACACACAUAAAUACAUUCAUACACGUACAUACACACCCACACACCCACACACACAGACAUACACAAACAUACACACACACACACACACACACACAGAAUGACAUUGUGGAAACGUCCCGCUGACCUGCAUUUUGUAUUGAUUUUUUUAACUCCAGUUCUCUGAAACUCCCUCCCGAGUGGAAAGAGAAGAGAAAACUGCAGUUCAUAAUCAGAGUAAAUUUAUCACCGUCGUAUUGUCGGGGGUUACAAAAUUAGUGGAAAUGUUUCCUAAUCUUGUACAGUCACAUUUGCCUGCCAUUUCUCCGUCACUUUCAGCCGUACACACAUCGAUGCAUAUGAACAUGUCUCAUCCCAUACCAGUCCACACACUGCCAAAGGAACAGAACACUCUCUCUCUCGCAUGCGCACACACACACACUCACAUACGCACACGUACACACAAACACACACGCACACAUCAUCCACUCCACACACAGGCACACACACACUCACAUACACACACGUACACA